GAAAUCCCACAAUACCAGGCGGGGGAGCCCCUUUCACACCACACCAAAAGCAUCAUCGCUUUGCCUCAUUGAAAGGAAAGGGAGGAGAGAAAUGCAGAGGGGUGUAAGAUGGCAGAGCUACAAAUGUUGCUAGAGGAAGAAAUUCCGGCCGGUAAACGAGCGCUUGUGGAAAGCUACCAAAAUCUAUCGAGGGUUGCAGAAUACUGUGAAAACAAUUAUGUACAGGCCCAGGACAAGAGGAAAGCUCUGGAGGAGACCAAAGCCUACACCACCCAGUCCCUGGCCAGCGUGGCCUACCAGAUCAAUGCCUUAGCCAACAACGUGCUGCAGCUGCUAGACAUCCAGGCCUCACAGCUGCGCCGAAUGGAGUCCUCCAUCAACCACAUCUCUCAGACGGUGGACAUACACAAGGAGAAGGUGGCGAGGCGAGAGAUUGGCAUCCUGACCACCAAUAAGAACACGUCGCGCACGCACAAGAUCAUUGCCCCCGGCAACAUGGAGCGGCCGGUCCGGUACAUCAGGAAGCCCAUUGACUACACGCUGCUGGACGACGUGGGCCACGGUGUCAAAUGGCUUAAAGCCAAGCAACAAGGGAUCAACCAACCAACGAGGGGAGGAGGAGGAGGGACAUUAUCCAGGACCAAUCCACCCACACAGAAACCCCCGAGCCCGCCCAUGGCUGGUCGUGGAACUCUUGGGCGAAACACCUCCUAUAAGACCCUGGAGCCAGUCAAGCCGCCAACCGUCCCCAACGACUAUAUGACCAGCCCUGCUCGACUAGGCAGUCAGCACAGCCCUGCACGCACGGCCUCCCUCAACCAGAGACCCAGAACACACAGUGGCAGCAGUGGGGGUAGCGGGGGGCGAGAGAACAGCGGUGGCAGCAGCAUUAGUGUUCCUCUGGCCGUGCCCACGCCCUCCCCUCCCAGCCUGGGACCAGCAGCGGCCCACCAAGGCCCAGGCCUGGGUCCCAUCCCUAUGGCCCAGUUUGGCACCAUCUCACGACAGGUCUCCCGCCACAACUCAACCACUUCCUCAGCCUCCAUGGUGUCGGCCACGGGUACCUACCGCCGGGCGCCCUCCGGCAGCUCCCAUUUCUCCAUGUCCCAGCAGCCCCACCUCAACGGGGGCCCUGCCUACUCCCAGAACUCAGUGUCUGUAGCUCCUCCUCCUCCUAUGGUCCAGCUGACUCCUCAGAUCCCUCUGACCGGCUUUGUGGCCAGAGUGCAGGAGACCAUUACAGACGACCCGGCCCCUCCUCCACCGCCCCCUCCCGAGGACGUGGUCAUGUUUGACGAGCCCUCGCCCCCUCCCCCGCCCCCUCCCGUGGACUACCAGGGGGAUGAGGAGGCGGCCGUAGUGCACUACAAUGACCCCUACUCUGACCGAGACCCCCACUGGGCCCCCAAGGCCUACGCAGAGAAGGUGGUGGCCAUUUAUGACUACUCCAAGGAUAAGGAGGACGAGCUGUCCUUCAUGGAGGGCUCCAUCAUCUACAUCAUCAAGAAGAACGACGAUGGCUGGUACGAGGGCGUAUGCAACGGCGUCACCGGCCUCUUCCCCGGCAACUACGUAGAGUCCAUCAUGCACUACACAGACUAAGGGCGGCCAUUUUGAAUGAGAAAAAAAACGCCAAGAUGUUACCAAAAAAAACAACCAUUUUGAAUCAAAUGCUGUGUUUAGUAUUUGAAACGAUAAGGUAGGUUUUAGUAAGAUGUUGGUUUUUUUUGGGGGGGGGGGCCCGCCACAACUCUUAUCCACACAGCAAAAUAUACAUUUUACUUUCACAGAAAUACAUAGAAAAAAAUUAUAAAACAAACAUAAAGAAGUGCAUUAGGACAUGACCGAAUGUUUGUUUUUGUCCAAGUCGCAGAUGUUAAAAAGAAGCAAAAUAGUCUAUUUACUAUGCUACAUGUUGAAGGGAGGGGUGGGGAGCUGGGCCAUGGGACAGGGAACAGGGGAAGGCAAAAAGAUAUGAAUGUGAUUUUUCUUAUUUCUGAUGAUAUUUUGUUUUUGUUAUAUAACUUGUAUAUACUGUAAUGUGUGAAGCUGACAGUUGGUUUGUCAGUAGUGUGUUUUACCUGUGAGUUUUCAUCUGCGUCUUUUGAGUGGUCAACAGCAAGCCAAGUUGUGCCAGAUACAGAUGGUUUAACUCAAUCAUAUUCUGUCGUUGUGUUUCGGGUAUUAUUUUAUUUUUCUCUUUUAGUGGCAUUUCUACCCUAGGCUCGGCCAAUUGUCACUUGUGAUAAGAAUGUUUUUUUUUGUAUGUGGAAAAUCAAUUGUAUCUGACUUAUUUUUUUUAUGCUGUCAGGCUACUGUAGAAAAUGGUUCCUGAAAUGUGCUCGCUUCAAAUGGCAAAGAAACAAAUUAUUGUACUUUUGUUCCAUCAUGGUUCCAUUGUGUUGGAAUAUCUGCUUAGUUCCCCAUUUGCUUUUUAUACUACUUCAAUUUAUAUGGUUUUGAUUGGGACACCCGGGUUGCGUUCAGGCUAUCCAACCGUUGCGUUAUCGUUUUUAGUUAUAUCAUUCUGGGUUUGUCAGUGGGGUCUGGAUAGGUGCUUAUCUUUGGUGCUUGAUAACAAUUAUCACCUUCCAUUAUCAACACAACCUCAAAACAAGGACGCAAGGCUGUCAAAGAACGGUAUAGGCUGCUAGCCUACCUUAUUGAGCAGUACAGGGUGAUUUGUAACAAUGCUAAAUGUUCUAUCUUGAACGUACCCUUGCUCUAUCCUUUCUAUCACAGUGGAUGUAGACAAUUUAGCAGUGCAUUGUUAUCUCAAAUGUACUAAAACGAUGGGUUACGGCGAUGACCAUGGGUUACGGUGAUAACCAUGGGUUACGGCGAUGGCCAUAGGUUACGGCGAUGACCAUGGGUUACGGUGAUGACCAUAGGUUACGGUGAUGACCAUAGGUUACGGCGAUGGCCAUAGGUUACGGCGAUGGCCAUAGGUUACGGCGAUGGCCAUAGGUUACGGCGAUGGCCAUGGGUUACGGUGAUGACCAUAUGUUACGGCGAUGGCCAUAGGUUACGGUGAUGACCAUGGGUUACGGCGAUGGCCAUAGGUUACGGCGAUGGCCAUGGGUUACGGCAAUGGCCAUAGGUUACGGCGAUGGCCAUAGGUUACGGCGAUGACCAUAGGUUACGGUGAUGGCCAUAGGUUACGGCGAUGACCAUAGGUUACGUCGAUGACCAUGGGUUACGGCGAUGACCAUGGGUUACGGCGAUGACCAUGGGUUACGGCGAUGACCAUGGGUUACGGCGAUGACCAUGGGUUACGUCGAUGACCAUGGGUUACGGCGAUGGCCAUAGGUUACGGCGAUGACCAUGGGUUACGGCGAUGACCAUGGGUUACGGCGAUGACCAUGGGUUACGUCGAUGACCAUAGGUUACGGUUAUGACACCAUGAAGUAGACAUGCCGCACAGACAAAGGUAUGUUAAAGCUUGCCACGUGCAGACCAUUUAAUGUCAACAUAAUCAACAUGAACAUUAUUCAACCUCAAUGUAUGCAUGACUACAUGAAUACAUCAACAAAAAACAUUUUUUUAUUGUGAAUAAUAAUUUGCCACAACAUCCAGUUAUUGAUUGUACUUUUAACUUUUCCAUCAGAGGUCAAUUUUGUGAGAAACAACUUUUUUUUCUACCUAAGCAUUUCCAGCACUGCAGUUUUGAAAGAGUUUGUCUGAGACUGCCGGUCAUGGUUUGGUAGCAGUUUGGAUUUAGAUUUAUUUAUAUUUUCCUAGAAAGAUAUUAUUAGACAACCACUAUGUUUACCACUAAAACGUGAAACAUUUCGGGGCUCCACAAUGCGCCUUGAUUUGAAGUCUGUUUUAUUAGAUGAAAUGUGGGAAAAGUGUUUAUCUGUAACUUAACUGUUCAUGGGAACAGAAUGUGAUAUUUCUCGUCUCGUCUCUUGGGGCUCUAUCCAAUCUGGAAAGCUGAAGCGUUACAGAUGCCGUAAUAGAAAUUGAAAGGGAAUCUCUGAUUGAGCCGAUAAUAUGCAGUGUUUUGCUGUGAAUGCCGUCUCCGAUUGAGACGAUAUAUGCAGUGUUUAUCGUGAAUGGCGUCUUCGCUAAAGUGGGAACAUUGCCUUCUUGCUGUAAAGCUGAACUUCCGAUGUGGAUCGAAUAGAGCCCCUGGUUUGUAUAUAUAAUGUGUUCAUUUACAUUCAUGUACAGUCUUUUUUGUAAUAAACAGCUCACCGAAACAA